GGUUUGUUGUAGCGUCCUGUGUGUGGACAGUUAAAAAGAGAUAAAUAUUUGAUGUCCUCGGUCGCCUUUGCCAAAUAAACGGACAUAGAUAGCACUUGCAGGUAGUCCCUACUUGGGGUCGUGUGUGUGCAAUAUGUGUAACUCUGCAGGUUAGUUGCCACACUCCUCUGAAAGACCAUCGGAAUGGAGUCUUUCAGAGGAUUUGAAUCAGCCUGCGAGUAUGGUGAUAAUAAUGGCUGCAUGAGUAUGGACACAUAUAUGGAAGAACAUCAGUUAUCGGACAGGGACCUCGUUAACACACUUUUGGAUGUGAGUGAAGAAUAUUUAUCAAACGACCAGGACACUGAUGGAUUUAGAAAUCACAAUGGCUGGGAAGAAGCUGUCCAUGGGUGGGGUAGGGGCCCCUCUCUCCAAAUGCAAAGGAGAAGCAAGAGACCAAAGACCUGGGAUGCAGACUCUCACUGCCUUCUCUGUGUUGACACAAAGGUAGUGGAACCCCAUGUAUCAGAGACUGCAAGACAUUCUCCUGAACUUUGCAGCAGGUCAUCUCCAAAAAACUCAAAAAAGACAAUCCCACCCAACAUAGAAUUAUUAAAGGCACGCCCAAGCAGCACGUGCUCCGUCAGCUCUGCCUAUAAAAAUACACUAGAUCUCCUGCCAAAACAAGCUGUCUCGGCAAAAAAGUUCUCAGGCAUAAGUGGCUUGCUCAUCAACCGCACAGCUGCUUCUUGUGUAGGCCUCUCCCACCAUCAGGAGGAUCAGUGUCUUAUGCUGAAAGACCAGCAUGCUGGAAAUGCCACUCUGGUCAACUGCAAUGCUGUACUGCCUCCUCUCAAAACUUCCUUGGAUGGAAACGCGAGUUGCCCAAAUCACCUAGAAAGUGGUGAGGUCAGCUUUGGAGCCGACAUACAGGACACGGCUGAAAUUUGGUGGAGAGGUGCCUCAGCGACUGCCACUGCUGGGGGCAGCAGAGGUGUCGACGGCUGUAGGGAAAUGAGAACAGCAGCUCACCUGGACUCCAGGUCUGCUGAGGAUGGUUUACACAGCUCCGAUGCCUCCAAGUACUGGACGUGUGAGAAUAGUCACAGCCUGCUGACGGCUUUCAGCAUUCCCAUCACCAAAAGGUCUGAUCAGUCCUUCCCCACCAUGAACGAUGCAAUGCCUCGAGUCACGUACCGCCUGGCGAGGUACCCUAGACAGGAGGACCUGGCCAGAUCACCUGCGAGGAAUAAUGGUGGUAAACUCUACUUUGGUUACAAGACCAAGAACAUCAGGCGGGCCGAGCCUAAACUGCCAAUGCUGUUUGGCACAAGGGUUGCCAUCCCUGCCUCCACUCACCGUCUCUGACGCACUCAGGGUGCAACGUGUUGCUGUCAUGGGUCAGUCAGCUGAUUAAAGAGGUUUGACCUCA